UGACGACCUUGUAGCGCUUGUAGGCUUGUGCUUGCAGUUUCGUGUGAGCUAUGCAAAGCGAGGUGUAGUACACAGAGAAUAAAACCGUUUUACUUGGCAGUCCUGCUUUUAGUUGUUCAUACGUUCUAGUAAAACAUGUUUGCCGUUAGAAACGCAGCAUUAAAGAUGCGAAGUCAUGUCCGGCUUCUAGCGGUCAGCUGUAGCACAACUGCAGCGCCAAAGGAGCCGGUUAAGAAAGGUCAAAUAGCGAAAAAGAUCCCAGCGUUCGUGAAACUUGAAGCUGGCAAAACAUACUCCUGGUGUGCUUGCGGUCUCAGCAAGAAGCAGCCAUUCUGUGACGGGGCCCAUAAAGGCAAGGAGCAUGGUAUUGGGCCAGUGCGUUUUACUGUUGAGGAGAGCAAGAAGUAUCUCCUCUGCAGGUGUAAGCAAACCAACAACAGGCCAUUUUGUGACCUGACGCACGUCAAAACUUUUAUUCCAGAGCCUGUUCGUGCGGCCUUGAAGAUUAAACUGUAGUUCACCAAUAGUGCCUCAACUUAUGCUGUCCACGUAAAAGAAGAUAUUCGUAGUGCCUAUAGGCAGCUUUUGUAAAAAAAGCUUCAAUAAAGGCUUUUCACAUUAAUUC